AUGGGGGUAACCCGCGCAAGCAGCCGUGUCGUUAGUCCCGUAAGUGCAGGGAGUGUUUUUUUUAUCUUCCCCGCUGGAUGGACAGAUCCGGUGCCGCUCUAUCCCCCGCGCAGCGUGUGUGGUGCGAGGUCAGGUACUCGGCGUACGGCGUGGCGGAGCCGGCGGUGGCGCACGCGCGGCGGGCGGACGCCGCCGGCUGCCGCUGGGCCGUCCGCUUUCCGCCACCGGCCGCGGCCGAUGCACAUGCAGUUUGCAUCUUGGCCGUUUGAGGCCAACGGAGUCGGUUAUCGCGCAUGCGUGCGUGCGGGUCGUACUGUGUGCACGGGCGACGAGAUAACGAAUAGCUGGACGUGUUCAACCGGCGCGUGCGCGAUGAGGCGGGGGCGUUCGCCUUCACGUACAGUGCGCCGCGCGUGGCGCCCCGCGGGCUGGCUCUGCAGCCGGAUGACCCGCCCGACGCGCCCGGCGCCGCCUUCCCGCAGGCCGACGAGGGCAGGACUUAGAGGGAAGACCUUUUGCCAGAGGCGGCGGAGGCCCGCCACGCGCGGCGCCAGGGCAGGCGGAAGCGGCCCCCGCCUCAAUCGCGCGCUAAAGGCGGCCGCGGAUUGGGCAGGAGGUAGGAGGGGCAAGGUUGAACACGGGUUCCUAGCCUGCGCGCACACGCGGCGCUCCACGCCUUCACAUUACUAUUGUACACGGAUACGACCCGCACGCAGCGGCACUGCUAUUGCACGCACUCGCGCACUCGCAAUUGUUUACUUGUUUGUGCUGUUCAAGUCAAUUAUAGCAGCGGGGCCUAGAGCGCACAUAAAUGGGUUGAAUGGCUGGCUAAGGACGGAGGAGGCAGGACGGCUAGAGGGCAAGAGGGGGGCAGGAGAAGGCAGGAGGCAGAGGCCAGGAGGUAGAGCGCAGGAGAUAGGGGCGCAGGAGGGCAGGAGGGCAGGAGUUAGAGAAGCGAUCAUUAAGGAGAGAAGAGGGAGAGGAAACGUCCUUUUGCUGCGGUUCCUGGUGGUGCCGGCGAGCGGCUGCGACCGCGCGGGCGUGGGCUUCGCCGCGUUCGCCACGCAGCCCGACCGCUGCGCGCGGCCCCGUGGCUCCUGCCUGCGCGCGCAGCCCCUUGACCUGUGGCGCCGCGACGCGUGGCUCGAUGCGCAGUUUGGUCAGGGCCGCCCGGGCAAGUACUUCCUGCAGAGCUUCGCGCGCCUGCCGCCGCAGCCGCUGCGCCUGCGCCCGGGCUCCGACGACACCUUCCUGGCGCUGGCCUUCGACGGCGCGCUGCAGGACCGCCGACUUCAACGCGCCCGUCUCCUCCGGGGCAUUGAGCAAUGGAAAGACUUUUUUUAA